AUGGAGAAUAAUUGCCCAAAUACCCUUGAUAAGCUGUGGCGCAAUCCAGACACCAAGCUGGCUCGUUCCGCCAUGCAGGUGUUGGAGCAACGAAAACCCCAUGCUCACAGAGGAUCUUCAACCGCACCACCCUUACAGUCCUUACAAGCGUCUCAGUUACCACAUCGUCCAUCGAAACCUUCUCGUGAACCUACUCCUCUUGCCGAAUCCACCGCCAAACAUGCCAUCACCAAAUCCAAUCAAGAAGUCUUGAAAUCCCAACGCAAAAUGUUCCAAAACUGUGUCUUUUAUCUGGAUGCCAUUGAGGAACCCGUCGCCGGUCGUUUGAACAGACAAAUUGCGAUAUUGGGAGCUCGUACAGAGACCUUUUUUUCAGCCAAAUGCACUCACAUUGUCACUUCCCGUCCAUUCGUUAAACCCAAACAGAAACAGGCCGAUAGCGACGACCACGGCAAAUCUGUCGAUCAAGAAAACGCUGUACCCACUCAUGACCAAGCCAGCGAUAAAAAACUGUACCCUCUCCGCACUUUCUCCAACAAGAUGAAUACGGCUGCCUCUUCCAAGCCGGCCGUGGUGAACCAUGGCAUUCUGGAAAAAGCCUUUUCCAUGAAGAUGACCGUGUGGUCCGUCGAAAAAAUGCUCAGCAUCCUGCAACGGUUGUUGGAGAGACCUAAUUAUCGUACGGAACGUGCGAAGCAAGGAGGAUUGGACAAGCUGCUUCAGGAAGAAAAAAUGUACGGUAUCAGCACCAGUUUAGGUGGUGCUGAUGGCAAAUCCGCCCCGAAACCACAGUUCAUUCCCUUUAGAAAACAUUAUAUGAAAGUCGACGAUGCCACAGGUGUGUAUCGAACGUUGGUCGCCAAAGAAUAUCUCCAUCCCCGUGAGGAUCCCCACGGAUUGGCAGUAUACCCUAUUUUGAGAAACAACAAACCCGGCAUCUCCCCCUUUACGCGCGUCCUACCCAAGGAUCGUGAGGAAAAGAAACCCAACGUCAAAGCCAAAGACACGGCGGUACCACAACCUAUCAAGGUCGCAGCCAAACCGAAUCCGCCGAAUGACGAAAAUAAAUCUCCUGCGGAAGGUGACGAUCCUAUGGAAAUUGAUACCCUUCCAAAAGACACCAUGGCGGCCGAACAUGUCCACGCGACCCGUGCCGAAAUGCCAUGCACGCCCAACCAAACGCCUGAUACUCGUGCGAUGCGUUCGAGAGCCGCAUCAAUAACACGAACCCCCUCUUAUGAAAGAACCAAGGGCGACACUCCCGGUGUUCUUACACCGGAUCACAGCCAACCAUCACCAUCGCUACGUCCCUCGGGUUUCCAACCUUCCAUGACAGGGUUACAACCUUCAGGAUUCAUUCCCACCAUGACGUCUCGCCAGUUGACCACAUCUGCGAUCAAUCCCAAGUAUCAACGACCCAUGGAUGAAAAUGUCUCUCGACUUGACAGACGCAUGGUCGAUGGUGGCGCCGGUCCCAUUCGUGGUCCCAACAAUCAGCUACCGUCGUUAAGGACAAUGACCUUGGCUAAAACCGUGCAAGGAUCCACCCAACAACCCUCCUCUCAAAAAGAAGAGAGUGCCAAGUCUCCGGCCUCACAACCAAAGAGACAGCCUUUGGGUGCCAUCUCGGAAAAGGAAGCCAAACAGCGAGCUUUGAGAAAAGAAUACGAAAAGCGCGCUCAUUAUCUUCGUGACAUGGAUAUGCGAUACUGUGAGAAUUGUCAGGUACGGUUUGAGGACUUGGAAAAGCAUGAGAAAGAGGAAAAACAUCAAGCAUACAUACGUGACGAGACUCAUUUCAAGGAUUUGGAUACACUCAUGGCCGAAGUGCGCCGUCCGUAUCAUUCGCCUUUACCGGCCCACAUGAAAGGCAUCAUUAGUCGGAACAUUGACGGUGACAAUGUCCAGUUUGAGUCCACCAUGGUCAGGAAGCGACAGCGGGUCAAAGUAGAAGAAUACAACGGCUACGAUGUGGCCAUGACUGGCAUUAUUACCAACAAGCAUUUACCAGGACUGUAA